AUGUUGAAAAUGCACCGAGUGUCGUUCUUCGUUUGGGCGGUGCUGCUUUCGGUCGGGGCGCAGGAUUUGGGCGACAAUGUGGCGGCGAACAAUUUGUUUCCGGCGUCCCAAAUCGCGCCCGGAAGACCGUUAAUCAUCAAAAACUAUCCGGCUGUUGAGAACUAUCAAAGUGAGUUGUACGAAGUUUACGCCGAACCUUACCAAUAUGCCCAAAGACAUCUGUCGGCGAUCGCCCUUAUCAGCAGCGAGGGUGAUUCCUCGGUGACCGGCGAGGUGUUCUUCACCCAGAAACACCCUCCAGCGGGUCCGGUUUACGUCAGAGGCAACAUAACCGGUCUGUCCGAAGGGAAGCACGGCUUCCACAUCCACCAAGCCGGCGACCUCAGGGAGGGGUGCUCCAAACUUGGGCCUCACUUCAACCCCUUUCUGCUUCAACACGGCGACAGGUUGGAUUUUGUACGUCACGUGGGUGACAUGGGGAACCUAGAGGCCAACGGGGAGGGCAGAGCCGAGUUCGAAUUCGUCGAUCGACUGAUGUCGCUGAUUGGCGGGUCCAGGAGUAUCAUAGGACGUGCCGUGGUCAUCACCGAGAAUCCUGAUGAUUUGGGCAGGAGUGGAACCGCCGUCAGCUUGAGCACCGGCGACUCGGGGAACCCCAUUGCUUGUGGUGUCAUUGCUUAUCUUAAUUGAGUCAUUUCGGACUGUUGAUGUAUCGUGAAACUGGAAUAAAUUGUAUAUAAUGUUG